AUGGCAGCCAACCUGCGAACCCGAUCUACUGGGUGAGAAAGCAGAGCAUCACCGUAUACUGGCCUCGGCUCGCUCCUGGCGCGACCCGACACGCGUUUCCGAGCCGGUCACGAGCAUCGUCUGCGCCAUGAACCCCCUCUUUGGCGAUUUGGCAAGACUCAGCAGCACGCUCACACGAGCUCAAUCGAUCGCUCGAACAGCUCUUGCUGCGCAUACAUGCGCUUGUUGGACUGUCCGCCUACAUCGCACGCGUUCAGGCGCGGCGCCUGCCCAUCGUCGCGAUCCGACCGAGCGUGUUCCGUCGUCGACGUUUCGAAGCACCUCGUCUUCUACCAGCAUUCAGGCGCGCUCAGACUUGACGGGCGCGCGAAGUACAAGCACCACUGUGUGGAGCGCAGCUUGUGGUGCACAACGACGGAGCUACGCACCUUUAUCGAGCCCUGCAAUCAGACCCGCAACGCACAGCUCUUCGGAAGUACAUGCAACACCCGGCCUUCUCAAUAGCAUCGCGGGGCGCGAUUCCGUUCUGCGACUUACAUCGCGGAGAGAUUUGUCGAGCUCAGCGCUGGCUAAAGCCAAGGUGUCAAAGUCGAUCCCCUCGGCAAAGUCUCAGAAGAAGAAAUCGCCCGACAAGGGUGGCAGCUCCAGCGGCGGUGCUAGCGAGUCCACUGCGCCAGAUGGAAGAAAGCCAGCAAAGUCCGCCGUAUCUCAACCUCCUUUGCGACCUGGUUCGAUCAAGUAUCAAGAGGCUUUUCAAGCGGUCAAGAAGCAGAAGCGGGAGAGAGGAGAGGUGGAGGAGACGGAGAAGGAGAGGCCAAAGAAGGAGAAGCCAGAGGGCAAGUUCGAUUGGGUGCAUGAGAUCAUGAAAAAGCAAAAAGUGUUGCGUAAAAGGAAAUACGACGAUUGGGGCGGAGGUAGCGAACUCUCACCACAAUUGGCUCGAUCGAGAAGAGACGCGGCUUGGGAAGAGAUCAGCAAGGAGCACAAGAGGAGGUUGGAGAUACAGCAAAAGGAAUUCGAAGCGGUGGUGGAGCAAAUCGCUUACGACUACCCGCAUAUCGUGGACGAACUGGAUCGAGGCGACAUCAAGCUCGACGACUUUGCAGAUACGCUUCAACUCUUGGAGCACGCUGAGAAAGGACCUUUCCUGGCCAAAGGUAGCUUCAUCACCGCAAAGGGGCCCAGCUGGACCUUUGCCUGGAACUUCACCCACUCUUUCUUUUUUAAAUAUCGAUCCAUGCUUGUUUGGCUUCUCCUUGCCGUCUGGAUAGGUAUCUGGCGCAUGUGGAGAAGAGCUUAUGAGGAUUGGUCGGAGCGCAAAGAUCCUCGACGGUUGCUUUGGAUGAGCAGCAAUAUAUGCUGCUCGAUGGAGAAUUUGAGGAACGGCAAAUAUUGGACAUUGGUCACCGCCAUGUUCAGUCAUAGUGAUUUGCAGUAAGUCUGUGUGCAGAGCUUCAAUCAAAUGACACCUCGGUCAACUCUGCUGACUCGAUCGCGCAAUCACAGGCAUGCUUUGGGCAACUUCGUGGUGCGUGUGGUGUGAUCCUCAAAGCAGUAGAGAUGCACCAGACACUGAUUCUUCCAUCCUCGCGCGCGCCCUUCUACACAGCUCCUGUUUAUCUUUGGACGACCUCUAGUGAGGCUUUUAGGACCGGUAGGAUGGCUCGGUCUGUACUUCACGAGCGGCAUCGUAGCCACUGGUGCCACUGUGGUCUGGGACGAAUACGUGGAUCCGAUGCUUGCCCAAGUGUGCUCUUGGAGGAAUGCCGACGAGGAGCGUCAAAGCGCCCGCCUACUGCACGGUGCUUCCGGUGCGUACAGUGCCCUCUCUUUGGCCAUCUUGAUGACCCAGGAUCUGAUCAAAGCCGUCUUCACGUCACAUCGUUUCUCUCUCAGGUGCCAUUUACGGUAUAGCAACCGCUUCUUACUUUUCCUCGCAACAAGGCAUCGUCCUAUUUCCUCGUCACAUUGUGAGUUUUGACUCGGCCUUUGUCGCCUUUAGACUCCUACGACCCGCUCGAAUACCGAUCGGCAUAGGAGCUGGAAAGCUGAGACGCGCCCCUGCUCGACCCUUUCUACGCGGACGCGUUGAUCUGUCAAGGCAUUGACAAUAACCAACGGGAUGGUCUUGACGUGAGUUCUCUCAUCGACGCGAUGCCUGCCUUGAUCCUUCUGUGUACGCUGACGCCGUCCACGCAUAUCGCACAUUAUUGUCUGCCUCUCCUGCCCAUUCGAUCUCGCCUUGCAGGGCCAUGCUUCUUGGAGCUGGCUAUGGCACUCUUUUCGGUAACUCGAGGAAAGAUUCGCACGUCUCUCACCUUUUUGGCGCUCUAGCAGGCUUCUUGUGGCUGCGCAUGGGUAUGAGCUCCAGAAUCAAGUGGGCUUCCAAAAUUCCAUUGCCCAAGAAGUAUUAG